UACUUUGUUCGUUGCUGCAGUUGUCGCGGACCUCGUCAGACUGUUCCUCAAUCCAACGUUGGUAGCAAGACCACGCGACGACAAUGUACCUGUCAGUGUGUCUGGCUGUGGCAGCUUUGUGGGGUGGGGCCUGGGCCCAGUCAGGGUAUGACUACCCGGGUCCCUACGGACCUCGUCAGGAGAUAGAGUUGCCGAAAGUAAAGCGUGUUAUCAAUGAAGCAGAAAGAGUCGCUGACAUAGAAGAAGCUCUCAGUGAUAAACUGGACAUGUCCAAGGCAGAGGCACUAGAGCUGCUGGCCGUGCUGGACAACAUCAGCAACACCACAAUCUAUGACAUCAACCAAGUCAACCAAAGAAACAAAGAGCGACUCGCCAAACUUUCUGCGAGGGUUAAGGCCAGCCUUGAGCUGCUGACGACACUGGAAAACCGUUUGGCUGGCGCCGUGGCUCAGGAGGCGCUCAUCAAGGGUCAGACCGACGCCAUCGCGACAUCCAUCAGUGAGUCUCUGGCUCUCAACCGCCGGCAGAGGGCAGAUCUGGCCGCCUUCGUCGUCGCCUUCAGAGAGGUCACACAGGAGCUUCAACAACGACUGGCCGCCGACAGCAAGACUGCAGCUUCCAGUAUUGGCUCCCUUGCUGCCUCCAUCCGCUCCUUAGUCAAGUUCGUAAACACCAGGAAAUGCUUUACCAAGGCCAUUACUGUAGAGCUGAAGGGCGAGGACAGCGUGGACGCCGAGAUUCCAAUACCCAAAGGUGUCUUUGCUGCUGAUGAUGUUGCACAGGCCUUCUGUGCCCUUCAAGGUUUGCAGCAGUCUGCUGAAGUCUCUCAAUCUGUUGCUGCUCCUGCCUAUGGACCGGGUGCAAGCUAUGGAUCAGGCUAUCCUUAUUACCCAGAGUCAGAUGACCGCCGCUUCCUGGGUGUCUCUGUGGUGUGCAAGGCGUUCUCGGACAAGAUCCGCGUGACUGUCGUUGACCAGAGCCAAGGAGCCGGCAACAAUGUCGCUGCCGCCUACGUGCAGGUGAAGGCCUGUUCCCUGCCGGCUGCUGCCUUCUCUCCCGGUCAGGUGUUUGUUCCCAAGCCUAACAAGUACUGAUCUCCUAGACAACAAGGACACAUCUCAGAUAGUUUAUGGCACGUUAAUGACAUUUGAUGAAAUUCUUGUCGACGUGUCAUGUAACGUGAGCGACACACUCAUCUAACAGGCGUCAGGAGGUUGAUAAUGAAGUGUGAGGUUGCUGGUGAAAAAUCCUACAAACACUUGACUUUGACUGCUUUGAAAUCGUCAAUGACUACAUCAUCAUCAUAGCUGCAAUCGAUCUAUUGAUAAUUUCAGUUCCAGACUUAUUCUAACGGUUCAGAUGGCAUUGUUGUAAAUGUUGUAAUAAAUGGGUCAUUGUUGUGUAUUUACUAUUUUACAUCACCAGGCGUUAAUAAAGUUGCUUGUUUUAGACAUUA